UGAGGCGGUGGAUCCUUAGUGACCGGUCGGGUAAGGCAGCUCGGCUGCUCUGGACCGUAGGCGUUUCGACCAUGGCCUCCGAGAAGCCGCAGGUGAUGGUGACCUGCACGGCGCCCGUCAACAUCGCCGUCAUCAAGUACUGGGGCAAGCGCGAUGAGGCCCUGAUCCUGCCCAUCAACUCCUCCCUGAGUGUCACUUUGCACCAGGACCAGCUAAAAACCACCACAACUGCUGCCAUCAGCAAGGACUUCACGGAGGACCGCAUCUGGCUGAAUGGCCGGGAGGAGGACGUGCGGCAGCCACGCCUGCAGGCCUGUCUGAGGGAGAUCCGCCGCCUGGCCCAGAAGCAGAGGACUGCAGGGGAUGGAGAUGCCCUGCCCCUCAGCCUCAGCUACAAGGUGCAUGUGGCCUCAGUGAACAACUUUCCCACAGCUGCAGGCCUGGCAUCCUCAGCAGCAGGCUAUGCCUGCUUAGCCUACACCCUGGCCCAGGUCUAUGGUGUUGAGGGCGACCUCUCUGAAGUGGCUCGGCGGGGCUCCGGCAGCGCCUGCCGCAGCCUGUACGGGGGCUUUGUGGAGUGGCAGAUGGGGAAACAGGCAGAUGGAACAGACAGCAUCGCCCAGCAGGUGGCCCCUGAGUGGCACUGGCCUCAACUCCGAGUCCUUGUCCUUGUGGUUAGUGCUGAGAAGAAGCUGACAGGCAGCACAGUGGGCAUGCAGACCAGUGUGGAGACCAGCGCCCUGCUCAAGUUCCGGGCCGAGGCAGUGGUGCCUGCGCGCAUGACAGAGAUGACCCGUUACAUCAAGGAGCGGGACUUCCACGGCUUUGCCCAGCUUACCAUGAAGGACAGCAACCAGUUCCACGCCACCUGCCUUGACACCUUCCCGCCCAUCUCCUACCUCAAUGAUACCUCCAGGCGCAUCAUUCAGCUAGUGCACCGCUUUAAUGCCCACCACGGGCAGACAAAGGUGGCAUACACAUUUGAUGCCGGCCCCAACGCUGUGAUCUUCACCUUGGAUGACACCGUGGCUGAGUUUGUGGCUGCUGUGAGGCACAGCUUUCCCCCUACAGCAAAUGGAGACAAGUUUCUGAAGGGGCUGCAGGUGAUCCCUUCCCUUCUUUCUGAUGAGCUGAAAGCUGCACUGGCCAUGGAACCCACCCCCGGUGGCGUCCAGUACAUCAUUGCCACUCAGGUGGGUCCAGGGCCUCAAGUCCUGGAUGAUCCACACGUUCACCUCCUGGGCCCGGAUGGCCUGCCACAGCGGGUUGCCUGACACCUCCAUAUCGGGUCUCAUGACCCACUUGAGGAAGGGGCUGCUCGCAGGGACUGGGAAGAUGGUGUACCAGCAUGGCUGUGUCUGUGGGGACCUGAGAGGCUGCCUGGUGAUGGUGCUGUCCUGGGGGAGUGAAGCCACCCCAGCAGGGGCUGGUCCCCCGCCCGGUGCCUCAGGUUCCCCAGCAGCUACUGACAUGCUUCACCCGGCCUGCUCCUGGUCCUUCCUGUGCUUCAGAACUGCGCUCAUCCGAGCAGUGGCUUCUAGUACAAAGGCUGGGCCAAGAUCGCGCAGGAUGCUCGGAUGGGAUUCCUGAACUCAGGCUACGCUGUGUAUGGAAGGCCUAUGAGAAAACCAGUGAUCCCUCCCUGGGAGGGGCCAGGGGCUGCUGAGCCACAGCUGGGUCCAGUGUGGGUGUGAAGGAGCUGGGGGGUGGACCUGGUGACCCCCAGAAAUAAACUCUGCUGCUGCCUACCA